AUGGGUAAUUAUGACAGGGCUAUCGAAAUUUACUCUGCAGCGAUUGACCUCAAUUUGGCAACUGAUACCAUCUUUGCGAACCGUAGUAAGGCAAGGUCUGGAAAAAUGUUAUGGGACAAUGCACUCCUUGAUGCAGAAAAGGUCAUCGAACUCGACCCCUCAUCUUACUUUGGACAUCAGUUGAAGCAUGCAGCACUCCAUGGCGCACACCAAUAUGAUGAAGCCAUCGAGGCCUUCGAAAUUAUGCUCUCCAAGUUGGAAAAUGCCUCUGACACGCAAACACAAAGCUUGCGCCAACAGUACGUUAGUCCAUCUGAAGCAGAAGGAGCCAUUCAAGAGACCAUCAAAGCUCAACUCGAUGACAUCCCGCAUCAUCUCAUCAACACCUCUACUGGGCUCUUAUGCAAUCACGAGGCACAGAUCAAUACCUUCUCUCUGAAAGGAGCUAAUAAUGUCGAGGUCCAACAAUCGGUGAACUCCAUGUUUAUCUGGUAUCACCACUCAACACUUACCAUCAUCUACCUGUUGGAUGUUCCACCUUUGUCAAAGCCCAGGGCACUCACAAGCAGCGCUUGGAACAUGCGAGGAUGGACAGUUCAAGAGUUUCUGGCCCCAAAUUUUGUCCUAUUUUAUCAGAGGGAUUGGUCGUUAUAUCUUGACAAUCGCUCUCCCAAUCACAAGGAUUCCCUCAUAAUCAUGCAGGAGAUGGCAGAUGUGGUGGGUAUAGAUACACAGGCGCUCAUCACCUUCCGUCCUGGGAUGAGAUUCGCACAGGAGAAACUCCAAUGGGUGUUGGCCUGUGUCACCACGUGUCAGGAAGAUAUUGCAUACUCAUUGUUUGGUAUAUUCGGCAUCAACCUGCCUGCCAUUUAUGGAGAGAAGAAGAAAAGUGCCCUGGACUGGGUAGGACAAUUGUCUGAAUUCAAUAGCUGUCUGCCAGCCAACAUUGCUUCAUACAAAGCUCCACCAUACACCAUGUCAUCUCUGUCCGAAGAUGACAUUCAGGCAUCAAUAUCCUCCCUCCGUCAUGAAGUGGCCGCAGAUGUGGUUCUGAAACUUUACACUCUGCUUGAUAACCUGAGCACGCCUCGUUUCAGGAACUGCAGACUACAUCUGCCUUGCAUCGCAUUUUGUGUCACAGCAGUCAAAUGGAAUCGCGCCCAAGACCAGGAGAUAUAUGAAACUUUCUUGCUAGUUCGUCCAUGGAAUCGUCAUCUCCUUGAGCUUCCUGACUUCAUGGAGCUGUCUGGCUUGGCAGAGCUGCCUGAGAUUGCUGGUGAUAGGGAGAGUGAGGAAGGUUGCUGGUCUGCCCCUGGGUCUCCAUCACAGCAGUCAUCUGGCAGUUUCCUUGAAGCACAAGAGUCAGUUGAUUCAGAGCUGAGCAGUCGAGCGUUGCAAUUGGCUACUCACCUUCGUCAGCCUUUUGGGGCAUUUUUGCUAGCACAGCAGCGCAGCAGAGAAUACAAGAGAAUUGCUUCAGAUCAUGAUAUCUUUGCACAAGUCAAAGACCUUUCUUCUAUUUCAGACAUGGUCAAGACGCUAGAGAUAUCAUAG